AUGAUAAGCGCGACGAGACGCUGGUUUCAGCGCCAUCGCAAUGGUAUAGCUAUUGGUGUUGGUGUGAUUGGGGUGGGAUACCUGGCUGGUCAAUUUGUCUUAUCGAAGAUCACGGAGGCUAGGGAGCGCAUGAGUAGUGAGAGGAUAGCCCGAGAGAACCUUCGAAGGAGAUUCGAACAAAACCAGACUGACUGCACCUUUACCAUUCUUGCCUUGCUUCCGACGGCUACGGAGAAUAUCCUUGAAGCUCUACCCGUCGAAGAACUGACGAAUGAACUGCAGCAGAAGAAAGCGGAACGUCUUGCAAAACUCAAACCUGGGGAGGCGACAGGGUCUGAGAUCAGUUCGAAUUCACCGAGCACAGCGGAGGAUGAUGGGCGGAGUCUUUCAAGUUUCCCAAGUGAAGGGUAUGUGCAUGCAAGCCAGGUCGGGGAGAGCGCUUCAGGAACAAAUUCCCCGAAGCCAAAAGGUAGAACUCAAUUAUGGAAUGACCUGAAGAUUAAUUCAUUGACGAGAUCGCUUACCCUUAUCUACACCCUCUCCCUCCUGACCCUCCUCACACGCAUCCAGCUCAAUCUCCUCGGUAGACGAAAUUAUCUUUCUAGCGUGGUAUCGCUGGCCUCCUCUCCUCAGGGCCAAUCAACUAUCAAUCUUGAAGACCAUGAUGACGACGGCAUUGGACAUGCCUUUGGCAAUGACUUUGAAACCAAUCGACGCUAUCUAACUUUCAGCUGGUGGCUCCUACACCGUGGCUGGCAACAGCUAAUGGACAAGGUCAAGGAAUCUGUAGAAGAAGUGUUUGGGCCUGUGAAUCCGCGAGAGGACAUGACGCAAGAGAAGCUGUCGGAAUUGACCCUCGCUGUGCGGAAGAAGGUUGAAGGGGCUACGGAAGAAGAGCGAAGAUCAACAUCAUGGCUCCCAUACCUCCUCCCCUCCCGGGACCAGGAAGACUAUGUCCUCAAAGAAUCCGGAGUUCUCUCCGCCUCCGAAACCUCCCCCCCCCAAAGCCCCUCAAGCCUCCGUCACCUCCUCGACGAAACCUCCGACCUAAUCGAGUCUCCCCAAUUCUCCCAAAUCCUCACCCUCCUCAACAACGAAGCCUUUUCCACCCUCAUCGAUACCAAAUGUGCAGUCGAGGCCUUCAAAAGCAACCCCCCGCAGGACCCACGGUCAGACGAACAACUACAACAAGCCUUCUCAUCCUCCUCAACUCUCCACCCAUCCCCCUCCCCUCCCCCACCCUCUAAAACCAAACUCGCCACCAUCCUCGCCGUAAUCGCCCGCCAAGCCCACGUCAUUGGCAACGGCAAUGAUCCGCCAAACGAAUACCUGGCCGCCAUGGAGCAAGGGGUUCGUGAACUCGAGGCCUUUGCUGCUGUCGUCUACAGCAGCAACUUCGAUGUCAAGCUGCCCAUCAUCCCAGAUCGAAAAUCCGGUGAAGCGGUGGCGGCGUCGGGGUCGAAGAGAGAUAAUAUAUUGCAGGGUUUGGGGGACUUUUCCAGCGAGACGCUGAUGGGGGGUGGAGGGAGUGUUGUUUGUGUGGAUGGCGGAUCGGCUGCGAUUGAUGAGGGCGAUGCUACGUCCGGCUUUGAGAAGGUGUGGGGUAAAGCGAAGAAAAAAAAUAGAGCGAAAGAAGAGAUUUUGAGAUGCUCUAGCGGGUCACAUAUUUUCUACGGGCAUUCUCCCGACCUAGACACGUUUCGGGAAUCUACUUCUCUACCUAGUUCUACUAAAAUCCAUUGCCGUUUAACGCCGUCCGAUCUUCCAGGUGUUGAUAAUUUAGCAAGACUGGCGGAUGCUAUUCAUGGUCGAUUAACUGUGUGUCAAGUCAGCAUGGGUCUGCGAACGGUCCCUAUGAUGAGCGAACGGUCUGCGAAGCGAUGUUGGGCGGGAAAUGUCAGAACUGAGAAGCUGAUGCCUCCAGGUUUUAGCUAUUUAGUAACUACGCUGGUCAGCGUAGCUCCGCUCCGUUCCAUGUCAAAGGAGGUUGGAAAGAGGUCCUUAUUUAUUAUUUCUACAUCCAUUUCUCCCUCCUUUUCUUCUUUUAUUUCCCUUCCCUUUCCCCGCAUCCUUCGACAUCUCAGUUUGCCUGGGUUCGUUCGCGCUGGAACGUUGUGGACCAGCAUGGCUUCAGUCGCCAGCUCCGCGGCCACGGCCUCCCCUUCACCCGCGGUCAGAGCAACCCCUCAAGGAGGUGUUUUUGACCAUUUAAACCCCACUCACUAUGACCCCAAAAACCCUAUCACGCUCUUCAUAAUCCAGGCAGGUAUCAUUAUCAUCGUAUGCCGCGUCCUGCACUAUCCUCUUUCCAAGAUCCGUCAGCCUCGUGUGAUAUCCGAGGUGAUAGGUGGUAUUCUUCUGGGGCCUUCAGUCAUGGGGAGAAUACCUGGAUUUCAGCAGGCCAUUUUCCCCAAGGAAUCUAUACCCAACCUUAACCUGGUAGCCAACCUUGGUCUGGUUCUCUAUCUGUUCAUGAUUGGAGUGGAAACCAAUUUACGCUCCAUGUUGAGUAAUUGGAGGGUUGCUGUAAGCGUGUCUGCAGCCGGUAUGAUUCUGCCCUUCGGGUUCGGUUGUGCAGUUGCCUAUGGCUUGUACUAUGAAUUCAAAGACGAGUCGGGUCUGGCCCCUAUUAGUUUUGGAACAUUUAUGCUGUUCAUUGGUAUCGCGAUGGCAAUUACUGCUUUCCCUGUCCUUUGCCGUAUCCUGACGGAACUUGAGCUUCUUAACACGACUGUAGGCGAGAUUGUCUUAUCAGCUGGUGUUGGUAACGACGUUGUUGGCUGGAUCCUCCUUGCUCUCUGCGUUGCUCUCGUCAAUGCAAGUACCGGAUUGACUGCGCUAUGGGUUCUGUUAACCUGUGUCGGUUUUGUGCUAUUUUUGACGUACGCCGUGCGCCCAGUGUUCAUCUGGUAUUUGAAACGCACAGGCAGUUUACAUAAUGGCCCCGAUCAGUCUGUCGUCGCGUUGACUUUGCUUCUCGCAUUUGCUGCCGCUUUCUUUACCCAGGUAAUUGGCGUGCACGCGAUUUUCGGUGGAUUUCUCGUUGGUCUCAUCUGCCCCCACGAAGGCGGGUUUGCCAUCAAAACCACGGAGAAGAUCGAAGAUCUCAUCGGGGCUGUUUUCCUACCACUAUAUUUUGCUCUUUCGGGACUUAAUACUAAUAUUGGCCUCCUGGACACUGGAAUAACCUGGGGCUACGUGGUUGCUGUCGUUGUGAUUGCGUUUAUUGCGAAGGUUUCGGGUGGGAUGCUGGCAUCUAGACUGAACGGUCUCGUUUGGAGAGAAAGUGCUGCCAUUGGUGUACUAAUGAGCUGUAAGGGUUUGGUUGAGCUUAUUGUCCUGAAUAUUGGUCUCCAAGCGAGAAUUCUCAGCACCCGAACCUUUACGAUAUUUGUUGUCAUGGCUCUUCUUACUACAUUUGCUACGACACCGCUCACCAUUUGGAUUUACCCGGAGUGGUAUCGGAAUCAAAUGGAGAGAUGGAGACGCGGUGAGGUUGACUGGGACGGAAAUGAAAUCUCAUCUGACGGGGAUCGUAUGAGCAGCUCAGAAAUCUCCCGGCAAAAAGCACAACGCUCAGCGGCGCAGAAGUUCCUGAUCUAUCUCCGGCUUGACAAUUUGGCCGGACUAUUUACUUUCGUCUCACUGCUGGGUCCUGGGGACGCUUCGAAAGCUGUCACUAGCAAGGUGCAUCACCUCAACAAAGGCGAUAGGGCUGAGACGGUGCCAGACCGGAAAGAACGCCCAGUGGAGGUUCAUGGUCUCCGUUUGACUGAACUUACCGACCGUGAUUCCAGUGUAAUGAAAGUAUCAGAGGUCCAUGACUAUAGUUUCAGCGACCCAAUUCUGAACACAUUCAGAAUUUUUGGUCAGCUGAAUACCCUGACUGUCUCUGGAGCCGUCGUCAUUUCUCCUGAACACGCCUAUGCUGAAACAAUCGUUAGCAAAGCUCGUGAUAUAUUGUCCGAUUUCAUCCUUCUUCCCUGGAGUGAAACGGGGAGCAUGAGCGAGCACCAGAAUCUUCUUCUCGAUGACAAAAAGGAAAAAUUCUCAACGGGUCCCCAUACCGCAUUUAUCAACACAAUCCUAAAGAAUGCCAAAUGCCCAGUUGGAGUCUUUGUCAACAAAGGCUUUGGAGGACCGCAAUUAACAAGACCGCAACCAGGACAUUUGAGUCGCUCCGUCAGCGGCACCAGCAUCUACAAGUCAGCAGACAUCACGCUGUCUCCGGCACUGAACCAAGGACAUCACGUUUUCUUCCCUUACUUCGGCGGAGCCGAUGACAAAGUAGCACUUCGCCUUGUCCUCCAACUCGCAAGAAAUUCAACUGUAUCUGCCACGAUUCUUCAUGUCGAUACAACCGAGGCGCCACCGGACCUCGUCUCCUCAAACAAAGAAAAAGCACCUACUGCUACUACCACUACUGCACCUACAGCCCUAGCUGCCGAUGCCUUCUUCAACUCCAUCCGUGACUCCGUGCCUGAAGCACUCAGUGACCGCGUCGUGUUCCAGAAUCUGAAAACGACAUCAGCGGAUGUAAUCACCGCUGUCUUGGAUGCUGCGAGAGCGGAUGUGGGGAAGUCGAAAGACAAUACCGGCGAUCUUGUUAUAACUGGACGCAACAACGUAGCCGCUAGGUCGCUGACACCUGCAGGGUUGUCUUCCUCCGGAGAGAUUGGGUUGGAGGCUAAAAGGGCACUUGGUGCUCUGGGUGAAGCGAUGGCGGCGACGUCGAAUUCGAUUCAAGCUAGUUUGCUUGUUGUACAUGCCACCGCUCCGAAUGUAUAG